AUUAUCUUGUUUCUCUUCAUCUAAAAUUAUAAUUCUACAAGCUACAAAUAUCUUAUCUUCUUCUCUCUUCUCAUUAUUCUUGUAGCUUCGAAGCUGCUAUGGCUUCCACCUCCACACUCAACUUCCUCUCUCAACCAAACUCUUCUCACCUCAACCAUCUCAUCCCAUCAAAACUUGUCCUCCAUAACCCAUUGCCCAAAACCUACUUGUCUAUCAAAUGCAGCACCACUUCAAACAACUUAACCCCCACCCCAGAUGAUGAUAAACAACCCCAAGAUUUUCCUUCUCCAUCUCCAAACUCAGUGGCCACCAAUAGCCCUGAGUCUUUCCCCAUUGAAAAGAGAAGAAAAUCUGAGAUACUUCGAGAGAGAAAAUCAAAAUCAGGUCUUGUGAAGCAAGAACCACCAAACUUCCAAGUGGGCUGGAGGAGAACCAAAGAGAUCAACUUGGAGAAGCCAAUAGGGUAUCAGAUAAUGGACUUCUUAGAGAAGUUGCAGGAGUUGAUGGAGAGAGAUUACGGCUCCACAACGCUUUUAGCGAAAGUAGGGGAGAUAGUGGCUGAGAGAGCGAGAGAAGAGGCAGAAGUGUUGAGAGAUGAAGGGAAAGUUGAAGACAGAAUGGUGACAGAGUUGUCCAGAGUUUUGAGGUUGAUGGAGAUGGACUUGGCCAUGGUGAAAGCUGCUGUAAAAGAGGAGACCCUGGGUGAAAGACUUGAGCAAGCGAAGGCUCGCUGCAGACAAGCCAUACUUGUUGCCAAUUCUUUUUGAACAUGAUUCUCAAACUGUGUAUCAAAAUUUCAACUCAAUCUCUUCCCUGCAAUUUCCAUGAGCUUCAAUUUUAAAACAAUAUGAAUUUGAUUAA